CGCGCCAACUGCGCUCUUCGUUGUCCCGACUCAACUCGGCUCUCGGCCAGCGCUCAGCUCGCCUGGCCAGGGCAUACGCCUGGCAUGCUCACCUCUGCGCCCUGGCCGAGCUG